AUGGCUCCUCCCACCGCCAUCUCCCCCGUCAGCAACUACGCCGUGCCCUACACCGCUGGCAAGACCACCAAGCCCGCAGAGGGCCAUGUCGCCGCUGCCGCCCCGGCCAAGGUCGAGGACCUCUUCGGCAAGUGGGACAGCUUCGCCUUCGCGCCGAUCCGCGAGAGCCAGGUGUCGCGGGCCAUGACGCGGCGGUACUUCGCCGACCUCGACGCGCACGCCGAGUCGGACAUCGUCAUCGUCGGCGCCGGCUCGUGCGGCCUCAGCGCGGCCUACGUGCUCGCCAAGGCGCGGCCAGACCUGCGCAUCGCCAUCGUCGAGGCGGGCGUGGCGCCCGGCGGCGGCGCCUGGCUCGGCGGCCAGCUCUUCUCGGCCAUGGUGAUGCGGAAGCCGGCUGAGAUCUUCCUCGACGAGGUCGGCGUGCCGUACGAGGACGAGGGCGACUUCGUCGUCGUCCGGCACGCGGCGCUCUUCACGUCGACGGUGCUGAGCAAGGUGCUCCAGUUCCCCAACGUGAAGCUCUUCAACGCCACGACGGUGGAGGACCUCAUCACGCGCCGGCAGGCCGGGGGCGAGGGCGCGGUGCGCGUCGCGGGCGUCGUGACCAACUGGACGCUCGUGUCGAUGCACCACGACGACCAGUCGUGCAUGGACCCCAACACCAUCAACGCGCCCGUCAUCAUCUCGACGACGGGCCACGACGGCCCGUUCGGCGCCUUCUCCGUCAAGCGGCUCGUCAGCAUGAAGCAGAUCGAGCAGCUGGGCGGCAUGCGGGGGCUGGACAUGCAGGCCGCCGAGGACGCCAUCGUCAAGGGCACGCGGGAGAUCGUCCCUGGGCUGAUCGUCGGCGGCAUGGAGCUGUCCGAGGUCGACGGCGCCAACCGCAUGGGUCCUACAUUUGGCGCCAUGGCUCUGUCGGGAGUCAAGGCCGCCGAGGAGGCGUUGGCCAUCAUCGACGCGCGUAAAAAGGAGAACGAGCUCUAG